UUAUCUCUUCAAAGCUCAGAGAACCAGAGAAAAGUUAUGGCUGUCCGCCAGCAGCCCACCCAGGGGAUGAUAUCCCCCCGCUCUGGAGCAUGGAGCACCGAGCUCUUUGAUUGCACCGCUAAUAUGAAAACCUGUUGCUACAGCCUUUGGUGUUUCCCCUGCAUGCAGUGUCAGACAGCCAGUAAGCAUGGAUGGUGCUUCGCAAUGCCACUGCUGGAUGUUUGUGGUGUGGUGUCCUGCUUACUCCGGCAGUCCAUCAGAGAGCGCCACAACAUCGAAGGCUCUGUCACUGAUGACGUCAUCAACGUACUUUGCUGUUAUUCGUGUGUCUGGUGCCAGAUGUAUCGUGAGGUGGUGAUCAGGGAACGCCAGUAGCCCUCAAACUUGAUGCUGAUCACCGUGCACGUUACCUAUGGAUCAAGAUCAUGGGUCGGGGCCCAUGUCAUGAUUUUUAGAUAAAACCUAUAUGUAGUAAUGUAGUAAUAAUAAAAGAUAUAAGAAAAUGUAAGCUCAUUUUAAAAUAGCGUUAUAGAGGUUUUAAUCUGACCAAUAAAAUCUUUCUAUUUCAUGUAACA